CUCUCUCUCUCUCUCUCUCUCUGGGGGGAUCAAAGAGAGCAAGCAGUAUGGGAACAGGAGACGGUUUCCAUGGGAACAACGGCGCAACGACGGCAGCAGCGCCGGCCUACGCCCACGGGGUGCCUCACUCGGCGUGGCACUCCCCGGUUCCCUACCUCUUCGGCGGGCUGGCGGCGAUGAUGGGCCUCGUAGCGCUAGCCCUACUCAUUCUUGCCUGCUCCUACUGGAAGCUUUCCAGUUUCCUGGAGUCCGGUGACGGCACCGAACAAUCUGACCACGAGAAGCACGACGACGCCUCCUCCGGGAAGGACCCCGCCUUCCCCGAGGAGCGGUUCUUCGUCAUCAUGGCCGGCGACUGCACCCCCACCUUCCUUGCCAUCCCCAUCGCCAGCCGCGCCGUUGACAACCGUACUGAUGCCGACAAGAACAUCGACGGAGAAAACAAGCAGCAGGAGGGAGCGGUACCUUCACCCAUCAGUGUUCGUAUCCAGAUGGAAGGUGACGGCAGCCCACGCCGAAGCCAAAACCAAGAACAGUAGCCGGAGAUGUGUUCUUUGCUUUGUUGUCCUUGACCGAUUUGAGUUUGUUUGUAGCGUCUUUUUAGGCGUAUUCUGCAUGAGUCGGGAGUGUAAAUUCUAGAGUGAUAUUUGAAUGAGCAUUUGUUCCAUGAUCA